UGGGUACUAGAUGGGCCCUGCAUCGGGCGCCCUUGAGGGGACACUGGUGAAGGUGGUGGCUGGAGUUCAAAGGGCCCAGAUGUGCAAGGUUGCCCCAGCAGUGGGGGUAGGGCUGACUAUAGAGACUGCCUGGAGGGCUUCCCGAAAGAAGAGAUACUGGCACAGAGCACAAAGGAAGCACAGACUUUCCAGGGCUGAGGAGAGGAGGUGAAGUGAGGCCCAGGUGCCGCUGUCCGAGCCUGUCUCCCGUCACCCCACAUCCUCCCUGCCACUCCCUGCAGCUCCCUGUGGCCAUCAGUACUGCAGCACUCGGCUGUGCUCCACAAACGGCCUGCUCCGCUCCAGGAAGGCCACCUCCUCCUCCCCCUCCCCCUUCUGCUGUCACCACUCACUGCUCUAGCCUCCAGGGGGUGGGGACCCCAGAGCCGGACACACCCCACCUGGCCCCACAACUCAGCCAGCCGGACAGACUCACGGUCGGACGCCGGACCCCGGAGCCUGGGGUGGGCAGUGUGCCAGGGUCCCACGAAGCCUCUUCAAGCCCUGUCCAGGCCAUGGGCAUCAAGACAGCGCUGCCCGCGACUGAGCUUGGCCUCUACUCCCUGGUGCUGAGCGGGGCCCUGGCUUACGCUGGCCGUGGGCUCCUGGAGGCGUCCCAAGAUGGGGCCCACAGGAAGGCCUUCCGGGAGUCUAUGCGGCCUGGCUGGGAGUACCUGGGCCGGAAGAUGGACGUGGCUGACUUCGAGUGGGUGAUGUGGUUCACCAACUUCCGGAACGUCAUUGUCUUUGCCCUCUCGGGACACGUGCUGUUUGCCAAACUCUGCACCAUGGUGGCUCCCCAGCUCCGCUCCUGGAUGUAUGCUGUGUACGGAGUCCUGGCUGUGGCGGGGACAAUGGGCCCGUGGUACCUGCUGCUGCUGCUUGGCCACUGCGUGGGCCUCUAUGUGGCUUCACUCCUGGGCCAGCCCUGGCUGUGCCUUGCCCUUGGUCUGGCCAGCCUGGCCUCCUUCAAGAUGGACCCCCUCAUUUCUUGGCAGAGCGGGCUGGUCACGGGCACCUUUGAGCUUCAAGACGUGCUGUUCCAGGGGGGCAGCGGCUUCACGGUGCUGCGAUGCACCAGCUUCGCGCUGGAGAGCUGCGCCCGCCCUGAGCGCCGCUACUCCCUGGCCGACCUGCUCAAGUACAAUUUCUACCUGCCCUUCUUCUUCUUCGGGCCCAUCAUGACCUUCGACCGCUUUCACGCUCAGGUGAGCCAGGACCCCGUGCGGCCCCAGGGCGAGCUGUGGCGCAUCCAGGCGCAGGCGGGGCUCAGCGCGGUGGCCGUGGUGGCGGUGGACAUCUUCUUCCACUUCUUCUACAUCCUCACCAUCCCCAGUGACCUCAAGUUUGCCAGCCGCCUCCCCGACAGUGCUCUCGCUGGCCUGGCCUACUCAAACCUGGUGUAUGACUGGGUGAAGGCAGCCGUGCUCUUCGGGGUCGUCAACACCGUGGCGCGGCUGGACCACCUGGACCCGCCUCAGCCUCCGAAGUGUAUCACCGCCCUCUACGUCUUCGGGGAAACGCACUUCGACCGUGGCAUCAAUGACUGGCUUUGCAAGUAUGUGUAUGACCACAUUGGUGGGGACCAUUCGGCCGUGAUCCCGGAGCUGGCCGCCUCCGUGGCCACGUUCGUGGUCACCACCCUGUGGCUCGGGCCUUGCGACAUUGUGUACCUGUGGUCUGUUCUCAACUGCUUCGGCCUCAACUUUGAGCUGUGGGUGCAGAAGCUGGCGGAGCACUGGCCGCUGGCACAGAUGGAGGCCCGGCUAUCGGAGCAGAUGUCUCGGAGGGUCCGGGCCCUCUUCGGGGCUGUAAACUUCUGGGCCAUCGUCAUGUACAAUCUCGUGAGCCUGAACAGCCUUGAGUUCACAGAGCUGGUGGCCCGACGCCUGAUACUCACAGGUAAGGGAUGGGCGAGAGGCUGCAGCAUGCACCCAACCACACAGGGGCAGGGACCUCCCAUGUACACAACACACAACACACAAGCACCUGGGGAUUCAGCAGGGGCAGGAUGCUUCGGGCAUCAUGGCUUCUCCAACAGGCUUCCCCCAGACCACGCUGGCCAUCUGGUUUGUCACCUACUGUGGUGUCCAGCUGGUGAAGGAGCGGGAGAGAACCCUGGCGCUGGAGGAAGAGCAGAGGAAGGACAAAGAGAAGCUGGAGUAGGGCUGGGGAUGGGGGCUGGGCUCUGCUCAGCUGCUUCUGGGCCCCAGGCCCAGGCCAUGGAGCCUGACCAAUACAAUAAAAGAGUUUUCUACCACAGCGGUCUCCUGGCUUCUUGUCUGCUGCGGGCAGGGAGCUGGCAGUUCCAGGCUUUGGGGGAAGGGUCACAUACAGGGCAUUGUGGGGUGCCCUGUGAGCGCAGGAACACCCACCAUGAGAGCCCGGCCCUGCUAUGCUCUCCAGCCCUCUGGACACUGGCUCUUCAUGGUGGCUGA